UGUUUUUGUUUCGUACGUGUGUGUUCUGUGGUGUGUCGACGAUGCGAUUUGAUUGAUUAUUGGGGACAAAAGAGUCUCUUUUUGCCAGUGUACAACAUUUAUUUCAUGUUGAGUGAGCUUAGAAUACUGAUGUUCUACUGUUGCUCUUGGAUCUCAGAUGGAAAGCAAGUGACUUAGACGCUCGCUUUAGUAACUAUCGUUAUUGUCUAUACUGUUGAAGUUGAUCUUUAAACAAUAAGCAAAGUUGAUUUUGCUUUGCUAAUUGUGCGAACACCAGCUGCAUACCGGGCCAGGUUACAAGAUGUCCGGUCGUACUAAAUCCAAAAAGAAAUCGUUUCUCUCAAAGUUCCCAUCAUUCCGUAAGAAGAAGUCAUCUUCGUUAUCCCCAGAUAAAGAUGCUAAUGCAAAUCCCCAGAUUCCACCCCACCCUGACUUUGCCACUGAUGAUAACGAUACCUUCACUCAACCGACAACACUAAAUUUAAAUACUCAGGAAAUAACGCGAGUUGAUAAUCCUAAUUUCAAGGUUCCGCCGGUUCCUGCAGCAUAUCCAAGCACAACUUCGCAAACUGCAAAACGUCCCAAUGCUACGGAUGAAUAUCAGGUCGGAUCUGUCGCUAAGCGUCUGAAUAGUAAAAGCAAAGAAAAUGGGUUGGAAUAUUCUGACACGGACUGUACCAUUAUUGUGAAUGCAUCACUACAGAGUGGGCAAACAGGAAAUACGAAUCAAGAUUUACGAUCUGCGUUUUUUGGAACCACAUCCUCUAGUAGUGGAGUACGGGAGAAUGGUGAAAUUUUAAAUGAUUCGUCGAGCAAAGCGACUGUAAAUACUGACCUACAAAAAACGUUCCAAACAUCACUUGACAUUUCAGCCCCUGUGGUUUCAUCAGAUAAGAAUAUUGCUUCAAAUAAACAAUCUGUUGUUACAGAGCCGCAUACUGUUGAUCAUGUGUUGUGUCUUGAGAAGGAAACGUAUAACAAAGAUCCUUGGCAACAUAAGAGCGACAUUGGAAGUUCUGAAAAAAAUAAAAACACUGUUUGGCUUUCAAAAGGCAAUACCGUAAAGUCACCCAGCUGUCAAGAUACUCCACAUUCCAUGAGGGGAAAAGUAUCUAGUAAAACACCCUCACCCUCUCUGUCGCAGAAUGAAACAUUCGUCAAAGAUUAUCCAGUACUUGAUCCAUUAAACACAAGCGCAAUAUCUGUUAGCAAAGACUCGCAUAAUUUGAACAAUACUUACUUAUUAGACAAAGAACUCGAAAACAAAAAUAGAUCAAAUUACCCUGUUAAUACGGCUCACGAAGUCGGCGUUACUGGGAAGGGAGAUGCUUGUUCGCAAGCUGCCUACAAAGCUCUGAAAAAAACUGAUUUGAAUAUUGAGGAAAUUGAAUUACAGAAACCUUCUAUAGGAAGUUCAGCUCAGCAAAGUCAAGCUAGUUUGAACAAAACAUUCGAGAGCAGUCGUACGAUAACCACAGGUCAGGAGAGGCUCACACAGCCGUCUCCACAAGUCAGUAACAACCAGGUCCGUAAAGCCCGUUAUGAAUCUCAGAGCCAAUCUGAUUCGAGCCAGACCAGUGCAUCGCAUCUAAGCUCUGCCAGCACAGUCCCAACGCAGUCCACCCCGGCUAAAGAAAUGCCUCUGUCCUCGGUGCGUCAUCCGCAGCUUAGCGCCGUCAAAGGGCUGUUUCGCUCAAUGUCGGUUGAGUCAACUGAGAUGGAUUCGCUUGCGUCCGAUGAUCUUAUGUGCGAUUCACGUUUUAUGGAUGAUGAGAUGAUAGGUUUUGAUGAGGAAUCCUUCCUGAACGGCAUGGCGGAUGGUCCAAAGAGCUCAAUUUUACAAACAAGGCUUGCACGUUAUGGCAGAAUAAGAUCACAGAGCUUUGAAGUGUCUUCAAAGAAUGAAGAGAGGGUUGUAGACUCUCGAAGGCUUCGUAGUAUCACCAUGGGAGCUUCACCGCCCUCUAAAGUUUAUGACUCAGCGCAGGGUGGUACUAUUCCUGAAGAGCCUCGCGCAAAAGCCAACUUCAAUGAAAGAUCAAAGGAGAACCAUGUAGGAAUAGGUAGGCUUAACAGAAGUCUCCAUCUUAACCUGCCGUCUCAGCUUUCCUUCGCCUCGGAUGAGGAGGUUACCAUGGAUGCCAAUACAUUCCGUCACUUGAUGCAGGACAUGACAAACAUGAAAACGAUGCUAUUCAAGUUGAAACGAGUUAUUCAGGAUAAUAAUAAUGCUAUGACUGGAAGCUUACCGACAAGUCCAAUCACCGCCUGCAACCCCUUGUUAGCUCAAGAUAACAUCCUAGUAGAUCUAACUCAGGAAAAUGUGCAACUGAAAACAGAAUUAAAUGCAAUGAAGAAACAGAUUGAAGAGACGGACAAGACGGUUACUAGGCUACAUGAAGAACUCGUAAGAGGAGUAUUUAAGUUCUUAUUGUUAUUGUAUAAAUUGUUUUAGUGUUAUUGUUUGUAU